UAAGACUCGUACCAGCAGCAGCAACAGCAGCAACAGCAGCAGCAGCAGCAGGUCUACCGUAGGUAUGCCUGCUUCCCAGCAGCAGCACGAAGACCAGCAGCUUAUGCAGCGCAGCAGCAGUAGCAGCAGCAGCAGCAGCAGCAGCAGCAGCAUGAAGGAGUUAGCAAGACGGGUAUUGAAUUUUUCUGCUCCUUGCAGUGCUCGUGUGUUAUUAGAUUCUCCUGCUGCUGCUGCUGCUGCUCUGCCUGAGGAUUUGCUGCUGCUGCUGCAGCACCAAGUGCUGCAGCGCCGCCUCUCCUUACCCCUAGGGUGUGGGGCCCUUUCCUUAGGUAGGGAGGACCCUGAGGUGUACGUACACUCCAAGUUAUCUAUAAAUAUAAUGGAGCUACGCUGCAGCAUUGCUGCUGUUGCCCCGCUGCAGCAGCAACAGCAGCAACAGCAGCAGCAACAACUGUCAAUGCUAAGGAGACAGCAGCAGCAGCAGCAGCAACCUGCUGAUUUUACAUGGGAUCCUCUAGAUGAGGAGACACUCCAUCUACAGUUUGCUGCAGAAGCAUUUCGUGAUGCUGCUGCUGCUGCUGCUGCUGCUGCUGUUGAUGCUGCUACAACUACAGCAACAGCAGCUGCUGCAUCAGCAACAGCAGCAGCAGCAGCAGGACGAGCCAGUGCAGGACGUUAUGUCUAUGUACACUCCCCCCAACUGCAGCAGCAGCGGCCUUCCUCGCGCAUGCAAUUAGCAGCAGAAUGUCUCCAUUGGCCAACCUUUAAUAGGGCUUGUGCUGCUGCUCUUGCUGUUGGGCCCCACAGGCAUAGAGGAGCAGCAGCAAGGAGGACCCGUCAUCUAUGGGGAAUCAGCAGCAGCAACAACAACAGCAGCAGCAGCAGCAGUUGCUCCUGUUACAGCAGCAAGUCGAAAGAAGGAGAAGGGAAUCUGCUGCAGCAGCAGCUGCAGCAGCAACAACAACAGCAGCAGCAGCAGCAAGGAGGGAAUAGUCUCUAUUGGAAUUGGCUGCUGCAGCAGCAAGAAGUUGUGUCUGCUGCUGAGUUUGGUGGUCUGUGUCUUGGGCUGUCUCUGCAGGGUCACCUGCAGCAGCAAACAGCAGCAGAUUGGGUGUCUUUGCUGCAGGGGACAGCAGCAGAUGGUAACAGCAGCAGCAGCAGCAGCACAAUGUUAAUAGGUCUACUUCUUGCUGCUUGCUGCAGCAACAUAGGCAGCUGCAGCACAAGUCUGCGUCGCUUGUGUCUCCUUCAUCUGUCUCCUGCCCCUCUUGUCUCUGCUGCUGUCUUAGGCGGCGGCAGCAGCAGCAGCAGCAGCAGCAGCAGCAGAUCUGUAGAGUCUACAGCAUUAGUUGGCUUAGGUUUGCUGCACUUUGCUUCUGGUGAUUCUUCUAUUACUGCUACGUUGCUGCAGCAUCUGCUGCGGCCUCCUUGGCUGCAGCAGCAGCAGCAACAGCAGCAACCGCAGCAGCAGCAGCAGCAACAGGACCCACUGCUGCAGCAGCAGCAGCAGCAGCUACAUCUACAAGAGAGACACGCCUACGCCUAUAGUGCUGCUUGGGCAUUGGGCGCUGUAUGGGCUGGUCGUUUUGCUGCCAGCAGCAGCAGCAGCAGCAACAGCAGCAGCAGCAGCAGCAGCAUGGAGGAGGUGAAGAGUUGGAUAGAGGAGUUGCUGCUGGUAGCAAAUCUAUCAUCAACAUGGCCAUGGGGUGCUCGUGCUGCUGCAUGCAACAGCAACAGCAGCAGCAGCAGCAGGAGAGGAGCAGCAGAGGAGAGUCCGUUGCAGCGUUGUUUAUCUUUAGUAACAGCAGCAGCAGCAACAGCAGCAACAGCAGCAGCAGGAGAAGGAGUUGCUGCUGCUCGUUGGACCCAACAACCAUUAGUAUUAGGAGAAGAGCAUGCACGUUUGCUGCUGUCUCCUUGGGGUUGCUGCUGCUGCUGCUGCUGCAGCAGCAAUCAAUUAAAGGGUAUAGGUCAGCAGCAAUUAGGUCUGCUGCUGUGCAACAACAGCAGCAGCAGCAGCAGCAGCAGUCUAGGUACAUCAUCAGGUGUAGGAAACAGCAGCAACAACAGCAGCAGCAGCAGCAGCAGCAACAAUGCGCAUGCAGGGGGGGUAGAUGUCUCCUUAUUAGGGGGCCCCGUGUCUCUUGCUGCUGGCUUGUGUCUCCUUGCUAGUAACCAUGAGGAGACAGCACGUUUGCUGCUGCUGCCGCAAACGCAGCAGCAAAUAGAGGAAGCAAUUCCUCAUGUUGUUGCUUAUAAGUAUUAUGCUGCAUUUGCUAGUAUGCGUGUUGCUGCAGCAGAACCAAGAAAUCCUCAGGAUGAGGUGCAGCAGCAGCAGCAACAGCAGCAGCAGCAGCGGCAGCUUGUGUGGGUACCCGCACUACCUAUACGAUGUCCACAACUGCAGCAGCAAGUAGGACUUGAUGCAACAGCAGCAGCAACUGUGCUGCGCUGCUGCUGCUGCGCCCUUGCAUGCGUUGCUGCAGGGACAGGAAGAAAGGAUGUCUUCUCCGUGCUGCUGCGGGAGAGACACCGUCUCAGCAGCGGCAGCAGCAGCAACAGCAGCAGCAGCAGCAGUAGCACGAAGGGUUAUGCAGAGCAGCUGCUGCUGCAUCAUUGUGUAGGUUUGCUGUUCAUGGGGGAUUGCCGUUGGUCGCUGCAGCGCAGCAGCAGUCUUGCUGUUGCUGCUUUGCUGCUGUCUUUGCAGCCUCUUGCUGCUGCAGCACCAACAGCAGCAGCAGGAAGCUUGCUGCUGCAGCAAGCAGAGAGACAACUAUAUGUAUUAGCAGCAGAGCCAAGACACCUAAGAGCAGCAGAGGUAGAUUCAGGUAUAUCUGUCCCUCUUCCUAUUGAGCUGCUGCUGCGAAGAGACACUCCUCUUGCUGCUCCUGCUGCUGCUGCUGCUGCAGCAGCAGCACGCUGCUCUCGGGUGUACGUACACCGUAUGUGGCUACCAGCUGUAUUGCCUGAGGCUUCUUAUGUCUUAGGCAUAAGAGUGUCGAGCUCUAAGUACUGGCCAUUAGCUAUUAGCUGCUGCAGCUGCAGCAGCAGCAGCAGCAGCAGCAGCAGCAGUUGCUGCUGCUCUUGCUGCAGUUGCCAGAUUGAGAGCUUACUAGCAGGAGGUUUGCUGCUGGUACAAAGGAGGGCUGUUGCGCUGCCGCAGUCCCCUACACCUCCUCAAUGCAUGCAGCAGCAGCAGCAGCAACUGCAACAGCAGCAACUGCAGCAGCACCUAGCGCUGCAGCUGCAGCAGCAGCUAACCACCAAUAAUGCCCCACAGCUAAUGCUGCUGCAGCUGCUGCACCUUGCAUGUGCUGCACAAGGAUGUACACUAGAGGGACUGCAGCAGCAGCUAAUGCAUGCAAGCCCUGUCAAUGCGCCUGCUGCUGCUGCUGCUGCUGCUGCACCGUUGUGGAGUCUAGCAGCAACAGAGCCAUGGGCAGCAACACUGCAGCAGCAGCUGCUGCCGCAUGCAGCAGAUAAGACAAUUGGUGCAGUUUCCUUUAGAGGAGAGGGGCUGUUGCUGCUGCUGCAGCUGCUGCACCAACUGCAGCAGCAGCAACAACAGCAGCAGCAGAUACUGCAGGUCAAUGGAUUGAAGAGUUUGCUGCAGCUGCACAACGGUGGCGAUUGCCCAGCAGCAGCAUCUGCUGCUGCUGCUGCAGCAGUAGAUAUCCCUGCAGCAGAGCAGCAGCUUGCUGCUGCUGCACAGUGUCUCUUUGCCCGAGAUGGUGCUGCUCCAGCAGCAGCAGUAACAGCAGCAGCAGCAGCAGCAGAUUUGCUGCCCCUACAGGAGUGUGCCUUGGAGGAUAAGUUGUAUGCGUUGCCGCUGCUGCAGCACUUCUCAUCAUUUGCUGCAGCAGCAGCAGCAGCAGCAACAGCAGCAAGCUACUGCCCAGAUCCGCUGCAACUGCGGGGUCUACGUUUGCUGCUGCUGCUGACGUCUCCUGUCCCCUUCAGUCCCCACGCCCCUUCAGGCAGCAGCAGCAGCAGCAACAGCAACAGCAGCAACAGCAGCAGCAGCCGCAACAGCAGUAAAGACCUAAGGACGCCCCUUGUAUCAAGGUCGCUGCUGCUGCGCUGCAGCAGCAGCGCAGCAACAGCACUGCAGAGAGGGGAGGCGCAGCAGUGUGCCUUCCUUGCUUAUUAUGCAGGCUGUCUGCAUGCAGCAGCAGCAGCAGCAGCAGCUGCUGCUGCUGCUAAGGAAGCUUCUAGUGUAUCUGUUGUGGGGCAGGUGCAGCAGUUCCUGCUGCUGCUGCAUGCAGACUCGUCGCAGCAGCAGAAGCUAUUUGCUGCAGCAGCAGCAGCAAUGAGGGAGUGUACAGACAGAGGAGCACAGCAGCAGCAAUCUGCCACAGGAGGACAGCAGCUUUGCUGCUGCAGCAAGGUUCAGCUGCAGCAGCAACAGCAGCAACAGCAACAGCAGCAGCAGCUGCUGCUGCUGCAAGCUGCUAGUGCAGCAUAUCUGCUGUUUCAUGAUUUGCCGCUGCUGCCUCAGUGGGUCACCUUUGUUGCUGCUGAAGUGCCGCUGCUGCUGCAGCUGCUGCUGCAGCAGCAGCAGCAACAGCAGCAACAACAGCAGCAGAAACACCAACAGCAGCAGCCCGUGAUUAGUGCAUCCGUUGCUGCUGCUGUUACACGUGUUGCUGUUGCUGCUGCUCCCUCUGCUUCUAUUGAGGGGCAGCGGCUGCUGUGCUCCGUCCUUCAGCACUUUUGCUGCGCCUUGCUGCUGCUGCAGCAGCAGCAGCAUUAG